AAUUCUUCACCUCUGGAAAAUGGAAUUGGCCAUCAUUCCAAACAUUGAAAAAAUUUACUACCCCAUCCUGGCCCUGAUUGGAGUUCCUGGCAAUCUGGUGGCGAUUGUGACUCUCUCCCGUGGAAAAUGCGGUCUUUCUAAUUGUAUCACACGUUACCUGGUUGCUAUGGCAGUGGCAGGUCUAUUCGUGAUAAUAUUUGAUGUCAUAUUUUAUGAGAUUAACAGGAUAUAUUUUUCCUAUUCAUUUUUGGACUAUACACCCGUUUGUAGUCUUAAUAUUGCCCUGCUUUUCACAGCCAUUGAUUGUUCUGUCUGGCUAACUGUUACUUUCACCUUUGAUAGAUUGAUUGCCAUUCGCUGCCAAAAGAUGAGGGAAAGGUAUUGCACUGAAAGAACCGCGACCAUAAUUAUAGCCACUGUGUUUGUAUUGAGCAUCAUAGAAAACAUUCCAAUCUAUUUUGAGAAUGAACACCAGGAAGUCAUUGACAAUAUAAAGUGGUUCUGCAGUGUAAAAUCAAACCUUUCAAAUUUACCGAUAUGGGUAGCAUACUUCUUCUUUGACAUUACCUUAACCCCAUUUCUACCAUUUGUAUUGAUCGUGCUGCUGAAUGCUUUGACCGUACAGCAUAUUAUCCAGGCCAAUGAUGUUAGGAAAGGACUCCGAGGAAGCAAAAACUGUGAUGAUCCUAAUGACCGAGAGAUGGAGAAUCGGAGGAAAUCGAUCAUAUUAUUGCUGGCUAUCUCCACCUGCUUUAUACUCUUAUGGAUGACAACUUUUGUACAUUUCAUUUGUACACAAUUUGCCGGCAUUCAGUUUAUGCUUACAGAUUACAGUGACCCCUUUGCCAUCAUGGAACAUACUGGAUACAUGCUGCAGCGUUUGAGUUCCUGCACAAACACCAUUAUUUAUGCAGUGGCACAGUCUAGGUUCAGAGAAGAAUUGAUUAAGUUUGCUACUUCAUAA